UUGGUCGUCACGUUACCGACAUCGGCCGGUCGGGAUUUCUUUCGGGUUCCGGACGUCUGGUGGUUCCCGGCAUGAGCUCCGUCCUGUCGCCGCUCCGCACGCUGACGCUGCUGUGCGUCUGCGCGGCGGCGGCGGCGCUCUCCUCCCGCGGGGACGUGCUGGAGCUCAGGGACGCGGAGUUCGACUACCUGGCCGCGGAGCACGAGACCAUGCUGGUGACGUUCUAUGCGCCCUGGUGUGGUCAUUGUAAGAAGCUGGCUCCAGAUUUCGAGAAGGCGGCGACGCGCUUGAAGGGGACAGUGCAGCUGGCUAAGGUGGACUGUACAGCCAACGCAGAGACCUGUGUGCGUUUUGGGGCGUCAGUAUAUCCCACGCUGAAGAUCUUCAGAAACGGAGAGGAUUCUGGAUCCUAUGAUGGACCACGCACUGCUGAUGGCAUUGUCCAUUAUAUGAAGAAGCAGACGGGCCCAAACUCGGUGCCGCUGAAGAAUGAGGAAGACCUAAAUGCCUUCACUGAAAACUUUGAUGCCAGUAUUGUAGGGUUUUUCUCUGGCCCUGACAGCCCUCGGUUGGCAGAGUUUCUGAAGGCGGCGAGCAUCCUGAGAGAGCAGUUCAGAUUCGCCCACACACACAUCUUCAGCCUGGGCCUCCCGCACGGCGUGGACACUGAGAGUGUGUUACUGUUUAGACCUCCCAGGCUGGCCAGUAAAUUUGAGGAGAGUGUUGUUCGCUUCAGUGACCACCUGACUAUAGGAUCACUACGUCGUUUCAUCAGGGAUCACAUUUAUGGCCUGUGUCCUCAUCUUACUGCGGAGAACAAGGACAGGUUGCGAGUUCGAGACCUGCUGACAGCAUACUACGACCUGGACUACAUCCACAACCCCAGAGGGUCCAACUACUGGAGAAACAGAGUGAUGAAGGUGGCAUCCCAGUACGGGUCGCGAGGCCUAAGUUUUGCUGUAGCUAAUAAGAAGGACUUCCUGUCUGAGCUGGAGGAAGACUUUGGUUUGGGGACGUCAGAUGGAGGGGGGCUUCCCUUCAUCACCAUCCGAACCCGCCUGGGACACAAAUACACAAUGAGGGAGGAGUUCACGAAGGAUGGUAAGUCUUUGGAGAGGUUUUUGGAAGACUACUUUGCAGGUCGACUCAAACGCUACAUCAAGUCUGAACCCAUCCCUGAGAGGAACAAUGCGCCUGUGAAGGUAGUUGUAGCUGAAUCAUUUGAGGACAUUGUGAAUGACCCAGAGAAAGAUGUUUUGAUUGAGUUCUACUCCCCCUGGUGUCCACACUGCAAAAAACUAGAGCCUGUUUACAGAGACCUGGCUGAGAAGCUCUACGCUGACACCAACAUCAUCAUCGCUAAGAUGGAUGCAACUGCUAACGACAUUCCACUGGGCUAUGAUGUGCAGGGGUACCCAACCAUCUACUUUGUGCCAGCAGGCCAGAAAGACCAGCCCACACGAUAUGAGGGCAGUCGAGAGCUGAAACACAUCCUGCGGUUCAUAAAGCGAGAGGCAACUCGUGGAUUAGUUCUGAGUGGAGUGAAGGCAGAGCUCUGAAAGCUCUGAAAGCUCUUCAUCCGUGGGUCAGAUCCUGACCGGCCCGUCUUUUCUCAACCUAGGUUGUGGACAGGAAGGAGAAGAAGAAGAAUGAGGAGGAAAACUGAGGUUUGAACUGUGUCAUCACAUGGCUGGACUCAUCCAGUUUCUUCUCUCUUCACUUCCUGUUUGUUCCUCCACCUGCAAACUGAUGGCAUGGCUUUCUUUUGUCUCGGUACGAUCAUGUCUCGACCUGGUUCCCUGUGAUGAAGACGCCCGUCCUCCCUUCUUCCACCGUAUCCUUCUGCAGCGGGAGGUUUUGGGAAAUGGAAUUUGAAACCACUGCUUGAAUUCCAACUUUGGGAACGUCACAGAACAAAUUAUCAGAUAUCAAACAAAAGGAAACUUCUUCUCAGAAAGGAGGCAAGAACAAUUCUCCCCCUUGUUAGAGAACCACAGGACCCGUCAAACCAACGGUCAACAUUAUAACCGAGAAAGCAUGAAACCUGGACUCAGACUAACAGGAUACCAACACAGGGCUGGAGCCCAUUCAACAAGCUAACAGCGCCAGAAUGCAAAUACAAGUUUGUUCUUAAGCGACACUGCCUCCAAAUGAAUCCCUGUUUAGUCUAUAGUGUAAAACAGACUAAUAAUGCUAAUAAUAGCCUUGGAAACACAUGUCAUGUAUUCAUCAUGUAGUGUCGAUGAUGAUGAUGAGCAGAAGGUGAAGACUAUUAUUAUUAUGCUAUUUAUCUAAUGGGCUCUAGUUUUAUGUGCAGAAAUGAGUUGUUUUGUAAGACUGACGGCUCAAUCACUUGCAGUGAUUUAUGAUACAAUAAUUUGUUGCCUGACAAUUUGUUCGUCUGUCCACAGCAGCAAAGCAUUUCUGAAUAUUCUGUAAAAAGCUGGCAGAUGUACAACAUGUUGGUUUUAAAGAUCUGAACUCUGUCUUUCUCUCUAUACCAUAUUAUUGACUAAUUCUGGGACUUUUGUCUUGUUAUUGUAAGGUUACAAGGGAAGAAAAUGUGUCACAUUUGUCUCUUAUUGAAGACCAGGAGACAUCUUUUCCUUUUGAGCACAUGAGAAGAGCCUCUAAUUAUUUAUUAAAAUGAUGUGGCAUACA